AUGACUCGCCUCAGCCUCUGCGCCCUGGCCGUGGCUCUCGCCGUGGGCCAGUCCAUGGCAGUGCCCACCACUGUGGAGAACACAGUGCACCCGUACGCGGAGAUGGGAACUUACCAGGAAGGGGAGGCCCCGGGGGCCCCCGACGAGAGCAGCACCACGACAACGACCCCCUCGCCGAGCCCCGAGGCCCCUGACCAGUGGCUGGAGAACUUCGUGCGGGCGGUGCAGCGGCAGCUGCAGCUGCAGGAGUCGAUGAUGCGGCAGCUGGUGAAGGAGAUCCAGGAGUACCUGAGCCGCGCGUUCAACUGGGACGAGAACCAGUCGGCCGCCUACACCCGCGUGAACGAAAUGAUGGACAUGAUCACCAACAGGAUGACCACGGCCCUCGACGGAGCCAACGAGCUGAUGGCCACCAGCGAGGCCAUGGACCCCGAGACGCUGCCGCGGGCCACGCGGAAGUACAUGAAGGAAGUCCGCGUGCAAGACGUGGUGGUGGACUCGCUGUGGGCUUCUCUGCGCGGAGUCCAAACUAGCGCCUGGAUGAACGGAGUCACUGCUGUUGAGAAGGAGGAAACUGCCCCCCUGGCGGGCCGCGCGGCCGAGGAGUUCCUCCACAGAAUGUACCACAACUUGCGGGCCGCGGGGAUGGCUGAGGAAGACAUCAGCCGCUUCAUGCCCAAGACCGAGUACGCCGCCCCCCGCGAACAGCCCCGCAACAUGGGCCGCAAGGGCCGCUACGGCUACAGCUACGGCUAUCCUUACUACAGCUACGGCUACAGCUAUCCUUACUACAGCUACGGCUACAGCUAUCCUUACUACAGCUACAGCUACCCGUACUACAGCUACAGCAGCUACCGCUACCCCGCGUACAGCUACGGCUACCCGCUGUACAGCUACAGCAGCUACAGCUACCCCGCCUACAGCUACAGCUACCCCUACUACUCCUCCAGCUGGUACUGGCGCCGCCUGCGGCCCGCCGCCUGCCCCGACUGCCCCCCCCCGGCCCCCCCCGGCCCCCCCCGGCGCCCCCCCCCCUGCCCCGACUGCCCCCCCGCGGCCAACAACAUGCCCCCCACAACCCCACCCAUGAACACCCCCCUCGCCGGGGCCCCCAUGAUGCCCCCCAUGAUGCCCCCCGCACGCGGACUCGGCACUGAGCCCCUCGGCAUGGCCAUGGGCAUGGGCAUGGGCCCCAUGACUGGCUACGGCUACCCCCCCAUGAUGGACUCCACGCCCGACUUCCCCGCCUUCAACGAACCCAUGGGCUACCCCACAGACCCCAUCAACUCCAUCCCCACCAUGAACAACAUGGAAACUCCCUUCGAAAACACCAACUACCGCAACCUCGCCCCCCUUGACAUGCCCCCCUUCUUCCCUGACACCCCCAUGAGACCCACCACCAUCCCCACCCCCUUCAGCUUCGUCCCCACUCCUCCGUAA